AUGGAAGAUGUUAACUCAUUCACAAACUACCUGAGGAUGCCUCCAGAUCUCUUCAACCAGAUCCUGGAAAGAGUUACACCAUACAUACAGAGACGAGACACUAGGUUCCGCGCAGCCCUACCACCUGGUCUGAAGCUGACCAGUAAAGCAGCCAUAUGCCAUAUGGUGCCAGAGGUGUGUAAGGCCAUAGUGGCAGCCUACAAGGAUGAAGCAUUCGCCGUGCCUGUGACGCCUGAUGAGUGGAGAGCCCUCGCCCGUGAUUUUGAAGACAAGUGGAAUGUUCCUCAUGCAGUGGCAGCUGUAGAUGGAAAACAUAUUGCUAUUAGCAAGCCACCAAACACAGGCUCCAUGUACCACAAUUACAAAGGUUUUUUCAGUAUCCCUCUCCUCGCCUUGGUGGAUGCCCAUUUUGCGUCGGAAGUGCCAGUGUGCCGGAUUGCACAGUUGUCGGAUUGGACAGUGGGCACUGUAGGUGGAGUUGGACACAUGUCCGAUGCUCAAAUCUAUAAUGACUCGGAACUCAGUGAACUCUUGCAAGACGGCCAAAUAGGUUUGCCUCCACCAUGUCCUCUGCCCAACGAUGACCAGAACCAGGACAUCCCUUACUUCAUCCUAGGUGACGACGCAUUCGCCUUACGAACUUACCUGAUGAAGCCAUAUGGGAGAAGAGCUAUGCCAAAAGAACAACUUAUCUUCAACUAUCGGAUCUCGCGUGGAAGACGAGUGGUUGAGUAUGCGUUUGGUAUCCUAGCAAAGCGCUUCAGAUGCUUCCUUGGAACUUUGGAACAGAAACCAGAUACAGGUUAUUAUCAUUCUGUUACUGCGCCAGUAAGGGCCCCAGUCUUGUUAGUGAAUGAGGUAGACCAUGAAGAUGAGGAACACAAUCUGAUCCCUGGAAACUGGAGAGAUGAUGUUCAAUGGCAGGAAGUGGACGCACCACCAACAGGAAGGAACCGAGACACUCUGGAUGCGAAACAACAAUGGGAAUAUUUGGAAAGAUACUUCAAUUCCCCUGCUGGUACUGUAGAGUGGCAAGACAGAAUGAUCACCCUCUAG